AUGGAGUUUGAGCAGCUGGAGAUGGGCAAAAAUUGCCUCAAGGCGGCCAUCGCGCGGCAGGACGUGGCCGACUACUACGAAAUUCUGCACCCCAACGUCCUGCUGGUCUCUCACUUCGAGUACCCGCCGGCCCCGCCGAUAGUCGCCGACACCAUCCCGCACAUCGCCAGAGGGCAGCGCAGGGCCGCCGCACGGGCGAAGGCGGCGGUCGCGGCGAAAAAGACGGGAAGCGUGGCGGGGAGGACGGCACAGAGCGGGAGCAGCGUGGGGCCCAACACCGGCCCCACGCCACGGACCACCUCCACGACGACGGUGGCGACGACGACGACGGCGGCGGCGGCCACCGCAGCCACGAAGGCGGGGGAUGCAUCGGAGGCGGGGGCGGCGACCAAAAACAUGACGCGGAACGGGGGAAGCGGCACGACGGCGGAGGGCCGAAAAAAAGCAAAAGCAAAAGACGAAGCAAAACACCGGGAGGUACGAGGUGGACAUUGUAGAGGGCCCACUGCUGGCCACCGAGCGGUUCUACCGCAUUCUGCACUGGAUGAACAAGGGGAUGUACAUCGCCGAGACACAUUUCGAGAUGGAGGUGAGGAAGGCAAUCCUGCAAGAGUCAGAGCGCUUGCCGCCUCCGCCGUCGCCAAAGAACGAGGCGGAGCGCUACGCGCAGCUUGGACACCAGUACACAGACCGCAAUCAACGCCUUAG